AUGGAUAAGAACAAGACCACGUUGGAUCAAACCCUGAAGAUCGGGCAGGAGGAAAAGGUUGGAAACAUCGGGACGGUUGUUACCAAAGAAGAGUUGGCUGAGGUGAUCCAGGCCUGGAGAACAAAGCCACUCAGGAAAGACCUUUGCAGGGCAAAGGCCUCGGUCAGGGCUCUGACCGAGAUGGAUAACAACGGGAUCAAGAUGGAUAACACCCUGAAUAUCGAGGAAAAGUUUGAAAACAUCAGGAUCAACUUGAUAAAUACGGCAGGUUCGGUUUAUCAAGAAGACCACCUGAUUGGAGAAAUGCAGCUGCCGGAGGGCUUCGCGCAGAACUGCAUAAUCCAUGAUCAGAAAGUUAACAUCAGCGAGGACGCUCAGAAGAUCCAGGCCUGGAGAUCUGAGACACUCGAGAAAGACCUUUGCGGGGCAAAGGCCUCGGUCCCCGUUCAGACCGAGUUGAUGGAGAACAACAAGAUCACGUUUGAUAAAAUUCUGAACCUCGAGCGGUUAGAAAUAAAACGGCUUACUGUUGAAAAUGAAAAAUUGAGAAAAACACCAGCCCUGAAGAACACCAGCGACCAGGAGACUCUCAACAUUUAUCAUCAGAAAACAGAAAAGCUGAAGAAAGACCUUUGGAAGUGGAAGCAGAGAGCACCGGACAACACCCAGGUGGUGUUGGAGGAGGAGAACACUGCCCUCAAAACACAGCUGAAAGAAGCCAAGGUCAAACACCCUCAUGAGGUACAGGCUGCGGCCCAGGACCUGGAGAAGGAGAGGAACAACCUCCGCCAAGAUCUCCACGCGGCCCAGGUUAACAUCAAAGAACACCUGGAGACCAUUGCUUCUCUCAAGGAGACAGUGAACCGGAUGCCUCUCGGUCUAAAGGCAACGGACAACACCCAGGCACCGGCCAACACCCAGGUGGUGUUGGAGGAGGAGAACACCUUCCUCAAAACUGAGUUGAAAGAAGCCAAUCUCCAGCACAGAAGAUAUGCCAAGAUCAUCGCUGAUAUGACUCAGCAGUCUACUGAUUGGAUCCUGGAGGUACAGGAUGCGACAAAGGACCUGGAGAAUGAGAGGAUCACCCUCCGAAGAGAUCUCCACGCAGCCCAAGUUAACAUCAAAGACCUGCUGGCGACCAACGCUUCUCUCGAUGUGGCAGUUAACCGGGUGCCUCUCGAUCAAAAGGCACCGGACAACACCCAGAUCAAAGAGCAGCAGGAUGAAGCCAACGCACUGGCUGAAUCCCUUUGCAGGUGGAAGCAGAGAGUUACUGCUGUGACUCAAGAAAAGACUUCCCUCCAAACUGCGCUCCACACAGCCCAACACAAGAUCAAAGACCAGCUGGCGUUGGAGAAGCAGAAGACUUCCCUCCAAAGUGAGCUCCACACGGCCCAGCUCAAGAUCAAAGAGCAGCAGGAUGAAGCCAACUCACUGGCUGAAUCCCUUUGCAGUUGGAAGCAGAUAGUUACUGCUGUGACUCAAGAAAAGACUUCCCUGGAAAGAGAGCUCCACACAGCCCAACACCAGAUCAAAGCCCAGCUGGCGUUGGAGGAGCAGAACACUUCCCUCCAAAGUGAGCUCCACACAGCCCAACACCAGCUCAAAGCCCAGCUGGCGUUGGAGGAGCAGAACACUUCCCUCCAAAGUGAGCUCCACACGGCCCAGCUCAAGAUCAAAGAGCAGCAGGAUGAAGCCAACGCACUGGCUGAAUCCCUUUGCAGGUGGAAGCAGAGAGUUACUGGUGUGACUCAAGAAAAGACUUCCCUGGAAAGAGAGCUCCACACAGCCCAACACCAGAUCAAAGCCCAGCUGGCGUUGGAGGAGCAGAACACUUCCCUCCAAAGUGAGCUCCACACGGCCCAGCUCAAGAUCAAAGAGCAGCUGGAGUCCAUAGCUGCUCUGAAUGAGAAGGUACAACAACAUCCGCUCAAUCAAGAGGCAGCCAAGGACCAGGAGACUCUCAAAAUCUACCAGCAGAAAACAGAGAAGCUCAAGAAAGACCUGUGGAAGUGGAAGCAGAGAGUUGCUUCCCUUCAAGGUGAGCUCCACGGGGCCCAGGUCAACAACAAAGAGCUGCUGGAGACCAUAGCAGCUCUUAGUGAGAUGGUGAAACAACAUCCGCUCAACUUAGAGGCCGCAGAAAGCACCAAUCUGGUGUUGGAGGAGGAGAAGGACUCCCUCCAAGCAGAGCUGAAAAGAGCCGAGGUCCAAAACCAGAUCUAUGAAAGGACCAUCUCUGAUAUGACUGAAGAACACCAUGUGUUGAUCCUUGAAACACAGGUAGCAGCCCAUGACCUGGAGAGCGGCAGGAACUCCCUCCAAAAAGAUCUCCAGACAGCCGAGGCCAACAACAACGACCAGCUGGAGGCCAUAGCAGCUCUGACUCAGACGAUGAAUCAGAAGCUACUGGAGCUAGAGGGAGCACGCCUGGACCUGGACCAGAAGACCGCUACCAUCGAGGAACAGAACAUCAUGUUUGAAGAUAUCAGACGAGAGAAGGAGGCUGAGGAAAACAACAAGCUCCCGUUGGAGCAGGAGGAUACCUCCCUUCUUCAGGCCACAGAGAUCCUCCAGCAGCCCGAGAUCUCCAACCGCCCGCGGGGGAAAAAAUGGUACCAAAAGAUGAACCCAUUCCACAAACAUCAACGAAAGACAAAAGGCUAG